UGGUAUUUGCUGUAUCAUCUGAGAUUUUAAAAUCAGUCAAUUAGCAAUCCAAAAAAAGAGAUGAGGAUUGGCAUAUUGUUUAUGAUAUCUUACCUUGUUAACAUUACAGCUAGCAGUGGGCCAGAGCUCUUGGUUUUGCAAUUCCCUGAAGAUGCCAGUGUACUCCUUAACUCCACUGUGUGGAUGCUCUGUGUCUUUGAAUACCCCAAGGAGGAGAAUGAGGAGCCAGUUGUGUACUGGAGGAAGGGCCCCAGCUGUGACAACCAGCAGAGUCUUCGGUCAAGUUCAGGAGCAGGAAGGCCACACAUACACAUUACCAAGGACAUAUUCAGGGGAUUCUCUAUCUUAAAACUGAGCAAUGUUGACAAGAAUGACAGCAACUUGUAUUUCUGUGAUGUGAUACUAACCCAGAAAACCCAUGGCAAAUGUGGAAACGGAACCAAGCUGACAGUGCACGAUUUCACAUGCAAAGACUGUGUAAGAUCAGAACCGACCUGGUGGUGUUGGUUCCUUCUUCUUGGAUACGCUCUCUUUGUCACCACAGUUAUCAUAUCUUUUGGUAUUCAUCACUGCUGUAAAAAGUGCAAGAACAAUUCAAGAAAUACAGAUAGCAGCACUACCCUGCCAAGUGAAUGGAUUUAUGAGAAGCCAUCCAAACCCGUUAACAAUGGGUCUAACCAAGAAUAUGAAGAUAUGUCACUAAUAAGAACUUUCAGUCACAUUGAAAGGAAAGUGAUAUGAAAAACAAGCCUCACAGUUGUAACCAUAAUGCCAUGAGCAUGUGAAUGUAGUGUACUACUUCAGGAUACAGAAGAAACUUACACACAAGUCAUUUUGUGAACUUGGAAUCUUCUUUGUUCAAGAUUUUUUCAUCUAUUCAUGAAUUUACUUCAAAACUAAUGAAAUUAAUGCUCUAUGCAGCUACAAAUGCAAUGAUAUUUAGUGUGCACAGCUACCACCAAAAUACUGUUAAAGCUAAAGGUAUUAAUACUUCAAUGCUAAGAAAGCUGAUCAUGUAUGCUGAUAUUUUUUUUUUCCGUUUCAAACUCAAGGACACAUUUGGAAUUUUGUUUUAUCUGGGUUAAGACAGCUUCUUUGCUUCAUCAAAGCAACGGCAAAUUCAGUACUACAGUACCUGUCUGCUGCUGAUAUAAAUUUUUAAAAAAGAUUUUGUCAUAGAGGCGUUUCUCACGUGCUCCUGAUGUACUGCCUGACCUUACUUCCAGCUCCUUAUCCUGCCCUCAUAUUUAUAUAUCCCUGCAACUUCUUUUACUUUUGGCUGUGUAGUCAGCUAUGUUACUGAUAUAGUGCACAUUUGUACAUGCCUCUCUCAAAAGAAUGAAAAUACUGAAUAUGUUUUUAAUAGUUAUAAUUUCUGAAGAAAACAUAAUAAUUACUGAUGAAGAGCUUGUCUUUGUUGUUCUUCUUCUGGCAUAUCUAACAUUAUAAUGUAAGCUAUUUGGAUUAAAAAUAUCUUUAAAAGUUGUUUAAAGUACUUAGGAUGCUUUUAGAGUCCAUGUAAACAGCAACAAUAGAAUUAAACUUCAUAGAAAGAGCUUACCAUAAUUUGCAUAAUAAUUAAGUGCUCAGAGGAAGCUGUGCCUUGGAAUAGUUAUGUACAUGUGACUUGAGAGAAGUUAAUACUUUGACAAACUCUAUUUGAGUUAUUGAAUUUUUCUAUUUUUCCACAAACAAUUAAAUAUUACAAGCUGAGUACUGUGUAUCAAGAUUUAUUUUUUUUUUAAACACUGAAAAUAUAAUUAUGAAAGGAAAAUGUUCAUAGGCUAAAAUGCCAGAGAUUACAGCCUUAUACACUAUCUAUGACUAUAAAACAAAGAGUAAGCUCUUUUUUACUCAAGGGGGCAAUAAGUUAAUAUUCAAGACUGCACAUUAUGAUGUGGAUGCACAUUGCUAGUGAAGUUCAACUAAAGCUUUAUCAGUACUGCAUUUUUCUAAAAUACGUGCCUGUUCUGCAAGUAAAAAUGCUAAUUAAAACAGUUUUAAAAACCGA